AACGCUCAAUCGAUGACGUCUGAGUCUUAAGGUAGGUCAAAAAUGGGGUGUCUACACUAGUAUAUUAAUGUAUGUAGAUGAAAACGCCAUAUGCUCUCAUGUUACCUCCACUGGCACAGUUCAUGUUAUCACUUUGUCUCAACUAUGAAUAAGCAGCCAACCAGCCCACAGAAGCACAGGAUCAGAUUAACUUACGCCUCCAGUAUUGAACUGAGAUUUAUAAGCCAAACAAGCAAAAAGUUAGUCAUAAGUUUGAUAAUGGAAAUCAUUAUUUAUUUAUUUAUAUAAAUACAGAUUUAUUGAAAGAAAGAAAGGCAUCAAGAGGUGGAUGACAUUGGUGUCCAUCAACACAUUAGACAAAAGCAAAAAACUUUACAUCCACGCUAGCCUUAACACAUAAGCCAACCAUAACUGAAUCAUUAGACAAGCAAAAUUUUGUGACUUUCAGCUGAAGUUAAAAUUUCUCACCAAUUGAAUAGUAAAGGUAGAUAAAUACACAGAAUGAGUACUGUGAGGAGGAUGAGAAUUAGCAUAUGCACAAGAACAAUCUAUGUGAUUUGGACUCUUCUAUUGAUAACUUACAUUUCUUGCAGAUAUUGGCUCGUGACAGGUUGUUGGGCUCAUAUAAGGUCAAACCAGUUAUCAAAUUGCUGAAACAAACACUAGUCGGAACAGGGGCAUUAUUAGUUUCAGCAGUGUUGUUAUUUAUCUUUGCUACCCCAGUAGAGGAUUUCAUUCAGAACACUUUUGCAACAGGAGCAAACUCAUCCAAUGUUUCAGCUUCAAAGAUCAACAAAAAAAACAAUAUAAGAAAAGACGAGCUGCUAAAAUUGCCCGUGGAGGUGAAGUCUGAUGAUGAUCUAGCAGCAGCUGCUGCUGAAGCUGCUGAUGGAAGGCCAGUCUACUGCAGGGAUAGGUUUUAUCGUGCAUUAGCAGGAGGCCAGUACUGCAAAUGGGAUGACCUAGUUAAGUAAUCAAGACCAAGAAAAGCAUAGAUCAUGUUCACAUUCAAGUUACUUUUUUUUCUUUUUUUUUUUUAAAGUCACAUUCAAGUUACCUAUAUAUGGUUUGUUAUUUGUACU